UCUGCACCACACCAGAAACGCCACGCGUUGGUGCUAGUUACAAAUAGUUCUGUUCCGAUUCCAACAUCCAACGUUCGCAGUUCGCGCGCUGACCGUGCAGCUCUCGAUUCUCACAACCAUUCCCCGGAUUCUGUGCGUUUGAGUCUCACCGGCGCGCUCAUGUCGACGGCAGCGCAGCCGCUGCUACCAGCGCAGACAGGCCCGCCCGACCCGGUGGACGACCUCUUCCGCGCGGCGUCCUCCCUCUCCGACGGCUACAGCGCCGUCGCCCCCGCCAGCGCAGUUGCCCCAGCCAGCGCCAUUCCGCCGCAACGGCCGCUAAACACGCUGACAGAGCCGGUAUCGGAGACCCUGUGGAGGGACGUGCAGCGAGUGCAGGCGAAUCUGCGCUGUGUGCUAGUACCGAGCGCGCAGAGCUCUCUCCGAGACUGGGACCUGUGGGGGCCGUUCUUCUUUAUAGUCACGCUCGCCCUGCUGCUCUCCUCCUCUGCCAGCGAGAACAAGGCACAUGUGUUUGCGGUGGUGUUCGGAACAGUGUCAGCAGGAGCCGUUGUGCUCACACUCAAUGUCCAGCUGCUGGGUGGGCGCAUCAUCUUCUUCCAGAGCCUCUCUCUGCUCGGCUACUGCCUUGUGCCUCUCGACCUCGCCGCCCUCCUCUGCCUCUUCACCACCGCCCGCCUCCUCCGCAUGGCGCUCGUUUUAGUCACAUUCGCCUGGAGCUCCUCAGCUGCCUACCCCUUUGUGGCCAAGGCUGUUCCCGAGUCGCGCAGAGUGCUGGCAGUGUACCCUGUCUUCCUGCUCUACACUGCCAUUGGCUUCCUCGUGCUCGCUAAUGACUAGGUAGGUGGACCAUGUGGAUCACGUGGACCAUGUGGACCAUGUGGGCCAUCUUGCAAUCGGAUGCAUGGGAUGGGAUACUCGGCGAUUUGUAAGGUGCCCCUGUAUGAUAGCGAAAUCACCCGUGAUUGGUCCGGUAACACUGAAAGGCGCUGCUUAGUAAAGUUUGUAAUUUGAA